AUGGCAACCAAGGCCAACGCAUGCAAUAGCAUGCGGAAUUUUACCCUGGCUCUGGGCUCACGUCGAGCAGACUACUUUGGUCAUGUUAUCACUCGAGGGCUCCGACAGCCCAGAUUACGUCCGUCGUCGCCCCAACAGACUUUCGCAACGCCAACUUCACGACCGUUUACUUCGUCCUCUCGUCCGGUGAUAUUGUCCAAAGGGACUGGGAAAGAUAAUUAUAAGACUCAAUUGCACGAUGGAUCCAAAAAAGCGACCCUGUCUACCAUGAGAUGUCAUCGACCCGCGAAGGCCUCUUUGCAUACUUCGGCACCGACACAUAACGGUUCGGCUGCAGUGACUUCGCAAAGUGAUGAAAGUCUUUCUGAAGUCAAUUCAUCGCUUCCCCCAAGUCCAAAGCCUAAGCAAGAAUUUAUUAAGAAGGCAUCUAUGAAGAUGCAAGCCAUGUGUGCAUGGCUUGACGUGAAGACAGAAUUAGGACACAUUCAGUUUGCGUCUGCAUCGACUGUUUCACGUACCGUCCCGGGUUCAUGGUUUGAUUAUGAGCUCUAUAAUCCCGCUACGGAGAAACUGUGGAAAUAUUCUGCAUGGAGUAAGCACACAACCGUAUGCUUUCUUCCCUUUCUCUCUCUGUGUAUCAACAUUAUCGAGGCAUAA